AUGUCUACAAUAAGGAAAGCGUACAUGGAGAUCUCAAACGGAAUUCGAGGUCUUCGGUUCCACAGGGAACAGUCGUCCUCGUGUGGCAGCUCUCAACACGAGACAGCUAGCAAGGGCUGCCCUUCUGAUGAGAGCAAGUCUGGGACUUCUCGGACUUCUAAAAACAUCACACAUAAAGAAGAGGGGGUAGUGUCAAGUGCUGUUGCCAGACUGUUCCCCGUGAAAUCAGCUUCACCGCCAUUGAUUAGGAAAGAAGUCGGUAACAGAACUUCUGAAAAUAAAUGUGUGUCGACGUCACAAUCACUGCCUUCAUCGCUGACAAAAUCGCCGUCGCCUUUAACAUCAUCUUGUGCUAUAACAGUCCAGUCUUCACCUUCCUCAGCUGCCGAUCACAAUUCUGUUCAUUUUAAACAACAGAAUGGAGACUCUCCGCCAGGUUCUAACGACAAAUACAGACAGUCGAACAAAGAAUCCAUCCUGAACCAAACGAAGCUAAUUGGCUCUCCAAAAGCGGGUAUAGCUUGCCGAAUCCGAAAACUCAACAUGAGUGUGACUGGACAGAAAUGGGCGGGAAAACCAGAGACAAUGCUAGAGUUAAUGUUGGACGAGCGAUUCCUUAGCCGAUUCUUUUUCUAUUUUUCUUCAGAUGAAAGACGGAAAUUAUGUCAAGUUUGUAAAAAGUGGAAGUCGGUUUUAUAUAAGAAUGUAUACUGGGUUGGAGUUAUGCCGGUGAUUAAUUUUAAAGACUGGGGAAGUGAUAUUUCCAAACGUAAAUUGUGUUUCGAAAAUUUUCAAAAUAGAGGCUUUGACCAAGUGUGUCUUACUGGAGCUGUGGAUAUGGACAUCGCAGAUUUCAUCAAUAACACGCCAAAUAGUAAGAAGCUGAUAAGGGCUGUCAGCAUUCGUUGCUCCAACAUCUCCGAUAACGCACUUGAAAGUAUCAUCCGAAAGGUGCCUAAUAUAAGCAGGCUUGAACUUUCCAACUGCAACGAAGUGACCGGAUCAGGCUUGUGGGCUUGUCUCAAUCCGAAGAUCGUUGUUCUGACAAUCACGGACUGCAUUCACAUAGCAGACGAUACCAUCGGCGCCAUUGCCCAACUGUUGCCUGCGUUGCACGAGUUGAACUUGCAGGCGUACCAUGUGACUGACAACGGACUGGCGCUGUUUGAUUCCAAGCUGAACUCAUCGCUUCGUAUCCUGCGAUUAAAGUCGUGUUGGGAGAUCACCAACCAUGGGGUGGUCAACAUCAUCCACGCUCUGCCCAACAUUACCGUGCUUAGUCUCUCCGGCUGUAGCAAGAUCACGGACGAUGGUGUGGAGAUCAUUGCUGAAAACAUGAAAAAGCUGAAAAGCCUGGAUAUUUCCUGGUGUUCCCGUGUCACGGAUGCCUCCUUGGAGUACGUAGCAUGUGACCUGGGCGUCUUGGAGGAGUUAAUUCUUGACAGGUGUACCCAUGUGACAGAUGUUGGUAUUGGAUAUAUCUCCACGAUGACGUCCUUGAACCGGCUCUUCAUCCGAUGGUGUGUGCAGGUCGGGGACUUUGGCCUUCAUCAUAUAUUCUCGAUGAGAAGUCUCCGAGUCCUUUCUAUCGCAG